AUCGAUGCGUAUGAGAAGGUCGUCGACAAUCUGAAUCAUCAUGCCCCAGCGGAUUCACAAUACCCAUCCGCAGAACAUAUGCGGAGUCUAGUCCGCGCAGGGUCUCCGGUAUAUAUACAUCCCCUAGGGUUCCCAGUCCCCCUUCCAUUUCACAUCAAUAUUACUAACACACCAACAGGUCUACGGUAUGGCCGCCUUAGCCCCCAAUGCCACCUUCAGUGCCGGGGCCGAACUCCUCCUCGACCGCAUUCAAGCUACAACAAACAGCAGCUCCCCUCUCUGGGUCCUCGCCUGGGGCGGCACCAACGUCCUCGCGCAAGCCCUCGUCAAACUCCACAAGGACAAUUCCCCAAACAAAGCCGCCACCCUGCGGAAGAACCUCCGCAUCUACACCAUCUCCGACCAAGACGAUACAGGCGCCUGGCUCCGCCAGCAGUGGCCAGAUCUGUUCUGGAUUAAUUCCAUCCACGGCUGGAACCAGUACUAUAUGUCCACCUGGGCCGGGAUCUCUGGUGACAAAUUCUACGGCAUCGACAAGGGCGGCCCCAACAGCACACUGGUAGGCAAUGCCUGGAUCAAGGAGAACAUCCAAAUCGGGACCUUGGGCGCCGCCUAUCCUAACGUGGCAUUUACCAUGGAAGGUGAUACCCCGACGUUUCUCUAUCUCAUUCAGAAUGGACUGGGGGUACCGGAGCACCCCGAGUAUGGGUCGUGGGGCGGUCGGUAUCAGCUGGUCACUCCCAAUCAGCAUGGGCUAGGGUUCAGACAUUACUCAGAUGUGCAGGACCAGGUGGUGGGCGUGAAUGGGGACACUUUCAAGUCGAAUCAUGCGACGAUUUGGCGGUGGCGGAAUGCGUAUCAGCAUGAUUUCGCGGCGCGGAUGCGCUGGACCUUGACGGAUGAUGUGACGAAGGCGAACCACCAUCCGCUAGUGAAGGUUAAUGGGCGUUCGGGCUUGGAGCCGGUCGAGGUUUAUGGGGUUGCUGGGUCGGAGGUGGUCGUGGAUGCUGGUGAUUCGGUGGAUCCGGAUGGGGAUGAGUUGACGUUCAACUGGAUUUUCUAUCCUGAGCCCAGCACCAUCAACGGCGCUCUGGAUGUGAACGUGACGACCUUUGGGUCGCGUGGUGAAAAGGCUAAGUUGCCGGUUCCCGUUAUCAAUAGGACCUGUGAGGCAGGCAUCGAGCAUUGUGAUCUGUUCCAUUUCAUUCUGGAGGUUACGGAUUCGGGCUCGCCGCCGUUGACUACCUAUCGUCGGAUAUUGUUGCAUGUUGCUGAGUCUGGUGGCAAAUAGCCAGGGCACAAAUUGCUAUAAGUUAUAGAUGAAUGAUGCGAUGCGACUUGGGUUGAUUUUAAGGAAAUGACAUGUUGGUGCGUGUAGUAUUGGUAUCGUGUACCAGCAGUA